ACCAUGACAAUCGACCUUCCCUCACUGAAUAGAUACACAGGUAGAUUUCAGUACUGACACUAGUGGAACUGUUCCUACAUAUGUGGCAGUGUAAUAGUGGGUGCAUCAGAUACUUGAAAUAACCAGUGUUGCUUCAAAGCAGAGAUGAUACAUAUUUUGUACACACAGACAUUUCAUUAGUCUGGACAGCGCUGUUUUUCAGUGAGUUCAGCUGGAUUCACAAAUCUCUGGAUUAUAGAAUCACAGAGUGCUGGCCAACACGGUGCUGUGAUGGUCAGCAUUAGAUGACCGCUGCCGGACAAUGAGGUUCUACGAAGUAGCCAUUAACAUCAGCUGUUGUCUGUCAAGAGUGAGACGGAAGGGAGCUCUCUAGCUAGACUGAGUGCAGUGCCGUUACGGAUUAAUAAUCAACAAAUGGUCAACAACUGGUCAACAACAGAGCUGUUAUAAACCAGUGAUGUCCGAGUUGGUGAAGCCUUGUCAUCCCCCAGAGGUACUGCUGGCCAGUCCGGAACGAGAUGAUGACCUUGACCUGGAGGAAACCAUGUACUAUUUUGACCACAAAGAUCAUAUCAUCAUGACGUCAUCAUACGAGCGUUUCAGCAACGAUGCUGAGAAUUCAGACAAACUCUCCGUCAACCUGGAAAAUGGGGAUCAGGAGAAGAAUCUGGAAGAUGCCCACAUACAGAUUCACAAGGCUGACCAGAGCAGUGGGGAGUUCAAGGUCUAUGACAUGAAAGAUCAACAACCAGACCAGUUUAUUGAGGACCCAGCUGGAAACCCCUUUGCUCCCAAGGGACCUCUGGAAUCGUUACAAUUCCAAGUGAAGAAAGUUGUGGAGCACAUAGCAUUCCGUGCCGUCACAGUUCUUCUGAUUAUACUAGACUUUAGCCUGGUUAUUGUAGAUCUGACAAGGGACACCUGUGCCAGCGUUGACAGUGGUCUGGAAAUAGUAUCUCAUAUAAUUAUCACGUUAUUUGUAAUAGAAGUUGCAGCCAGGAUCUUUUAUCAAGGGAAGGAGUUUUUCUACAAUGUAUGGGAUGUUCUUGAUAUGGUGAUUGUCGUCAUAUCGUUCCUCAUCGACAUGGUCUUCAUCGGGAUUGAGUCGGAACAGUCCUGCACGGAGUCAAACCACGUGGACUAUGCAAAACUUGUGGUGAUUGGUCGAGUCUUCCGAAUCAUUCGAAUUGUGAGGAUCAUCUAUUUCAUGGUCGUGCAACAUCGUCAGGUUACCAGGGCAACACGUCAUGUGGUCUCACAAAACAAGCGACGAUACCAGAAGGAUGGUUUUGACCUUGACCUUUGUUAUAUUACAGGUAAUAUUGCCAUUGAUGCCAGUCACCUACGGAAAGUGCAUAUGAUAGUAAUUAUAUUUCAUACCCAUCCAAAGGCAGUGGCCUUCUACAGAAAUCCCAUCAGGGAAGUUGCCAGGUUUUUCAACACCAAGCAUCCAGGGCAUUACAGAAUAUAUAAUUUAUGCAGUGAGCGAGAUUACGAUGAGACGUUAUUUUAUAAGAAUGUGCGGCGAGUUUUCAUCGACGAUCACAAUGUGCCUAAACUUGAGGACAUGUUGAAAUUUACUGAUGACGUCCGUGAAUGGAUGGCAUCUGAUGGCAGCAACAUUAUCGCAAUUCAUUGCAAGGGAGGAAAAGGUCGGACUGGGACGAUGAUUUGUACUUGGCUGAUUGAUUGUGGCUUGUUUGAAGAAGCGGAGGAGAGUCUCACCUACUUUGGUGAUCGUCGGACGGACCUGAGUGUUGGAAAGUCCUUCCAGGGUGUGGAGACUCCCAGCCAGAGUCGUUAUGUUGGGUACUAUGAGAAGAUAAAGAAUGACAACCGGCAACUACCUCCAAAGAAAUAUAUGAAAAUUACAUCCAUAAAAAUAGAAGGAAUCACAGGUGAUGACGGGCGGUGUGACUCUGUCCAUGGAGAUGUUUCGGCGGAUGACCUGCACAUCUUUGAAUGUGUCGUCGGUACAGGCGUAAACUGCCAGCUGAUGAAGUACACGGACAGCGACAGUAUCAUCAUCAAUCUGCAGAACAGCCCCCGACUGGAGGGCGACAUCAAGGUCAUGUUCCACUCCACAAAUGUGCGUCUUCCAAAGGGCUAUGACAAGUGCCCGUUCUAUUUCUGGUUCAACACGGCCUUCAUAGAAGAUCAUAAAUUACACAUGGCUCGAAGUGAAAUUGACAACCCUCACAAAAAGAAGGUCUACCAUGUAUUCAGGGAAAGCUUUGCCAUUGAAGUCAACUUUGAAGAUGUCAAUCCUGAUUUCCUAUGAGUUCAAUGACCGGUGUUCAUUAACUACACUUCGACUGAACAUCCAGACCAGAUGAACACAACACAAGUGAUGUUUGCCCCAUUUUCGACUGCCAAAGUGAGAUCUACACCAAUUGUGAAGACCCAAGUGAGAUGUCCGCUAUUUUCAAUGACCCAAUUGAGAUCUACACCAGUUUAAAAGAAACGCACAAGAUCUACACCGUUUUGGAUAGCCUCACUCUACACCAGUUUUGAAGAUCCAUGUGAGAUCUACACUAUUUUGGAUGGAAUCACCUGAGACCUACAUUUUGUUAACAGAUCCCAAGUGAAAUCUACACAAGUUCUUAUCCCAUGAGGGAAGAUUCCAUUUAUAUUUAUAUUUGUCCAAAUCUGACUGUUCAUUCAGAUUGGUAGAUUGUACAUCUCUCCAUGUCUCUCUCCGAAAACAUCAGCAGGCAGAGGAAAGAAUGUAUUAAAAGCACAAAUGC